AUGGCAAGGUGUAACCAACUUAGUGCUCUCGUCCUCAUUCUUUGCCUUUCUUUAGGCCACACUGCAUAUUCCCCAUGGGCUCGCUGGAUCCUAACAAACAAAUGACUAGACAGUGGAAAAAUCAAAGACUCUCUUGGUACAGCUCCGGACAUUGUUCGCUCAGAUAGUUCUCCGAUUACCUCAUCCUCUUGCACCUGUUCAUCUUAUCAAGCUAAAUCUACCGAGACCUAUAAUAUUGUCGCAGACUUCACAAGUGCUGUAAGUGCAUCACCUUCAGAAUUUGGGAUCAGCAUUUGGGUUUACUUCGAUUCAACUCUAAACUCAAAACCAUUCUCUUUUGAUUUUGGCCCUUCAGAAAAUCCCCCUUAUUACAAGGGAUCUUCAUCUUCAGAUAACGGAAAAAUAACUUUCACCUUUGCUGAUAGUUUAUCUACAAUUGACAAUUCCAUAGACUUCGAUGUAACUGUAGAUCUUAGUCUUAGUCUUAGUUAAAUUUAUAGAGUAGCUCCCGGCCAGGACCGAAGGUCCUUUUCUUCCGCCUUUUGGACGUCUCGCUUGCUUUCCUUGCCCUGCUCCCAGUGUGCACCUAAGUGCCACAGGCUACCACUCAGCUCCUUCCGGUCAUGGGGCUUGGCCAUGCUAUCCCGGAAGUAGGCGGACUGGGUCACCGUGCUUUACGUCGCCAGACUAGGGUUAGAGCUAAGGAUUAACUCCUUAGCUCUUGUCGGCUCCUGCAAUGCCCUCAAAAUUGGCUCUAGCGGUCCCUAGAGGAAAAACCCUUUUUACCCCGUGCCCUAUCGGGACGACCCUAGGAUCGCCAUUGCUGGACUGGGAGGGAAACCUAGCCGGACACAAACUACCAGUACCCAUUCCAGACCUUUCCCUGGGCGGAUUGGCUUCAGGCCGCAGCAAGGUCCCCAAUCUCGCCACAGUUCCGGGAGAGGACGGGUCGGUGUCGUCGCCAUUUUAUUUGUGUGAUGUAACUGUAGAUACUGGUAAAUUUUACAUAGGGAAGUGACUAUUUUUCGCUUUUUAUUGGGCAAAGCCAGCAAGCGAUGUAACUUGGAGCAUAUUCACUCCAAGCCUUGCUACUGUUGAGAAGACAUCAAGUUCAUCUAGCACCGCUUAUGUAAUGCCUGGUGGCUAUUUAAGUUUUGGAUCUAGCGUAGCUGGAUAUUAUUAUGAAAUUCAAGUUUUUAAGACAGUUUCAAGGGCUUCAACUACUGAUCUUGCUAUAACUCUUGCAGAUGCAAAUGGAGUAAGCUAUGCAGCUACUACAUCCACUUGCUCAAACAGUUGCUCCACUUAUUGCUACCCAGACUAUGGAUGCUUGAGUACCACAGCCUGUCAAUGUCCACUUAAUUGCGCUGAUUGCUCGAUAAAUACCGUUUGCACUCAAUGCAACCCAGACUAUUAUCUCCAUGAUACAAGUUACGGAACUGAAUGCAUUUGUAAUCUUUAUGUAGCUUGCACCGCUUCCUGCAAUUCCUGUGAGCCAGACGCAGCUUGUUAUGAGUGUGCUCUCUCAGUAAUCAAAGUUGAGGGAAUGUGCAGGGUUGAUUCUGUUGGAUUCCAAGUCAGCUUUAGCUACCCAUAUCUCGUGCUUGAUUUUGCCCAUCCUUUGAACAAACCAUUGACAGUAGGAAAUCUAGUGGCAAAGACAGCUGAUGGUACUGCAGUUAGAACAAGUGAUUGGACUAUUGAUGCAUCUUCAACACUUUCCAAAUUAAAAGUCAAGACUAGUCUAACGCAAAGCCAGCUUCCUAUCAGUCUGGAUUUAAAAUUCGGAAGAGCUUAA